GGGACGGAGAGACGGACAGAGGGACGGAGGGAGCCCGCGGAGGAGGCAUGGAGUUGUGCCCGUGCUUCGCGGCUGGCUCGGGCUGGGCGCUGCCGCUCCUCCUCGCCCUGGGCGCCGGGCUCAGCCUCGCCAGCCCGCACCUGCGCUACAGCCGCCCCGGCGCCCGCAGCAAGAACUGGUGCGCUUACAUCGUGAACAAGAACGUGAGCUGCUCGGUGCUGGACGGGACGGAGAGCUACGUCCAAGCCCAGUAUAAGUGUGCCUGGAACCAGUUCCCGUGUCAGCCCACCCCGGUAUACCGAACAAGUUUCAGACCUCGGUACAGAGUUGCAUAUAAGAUAGUAACAGAGCUGGAAUGGCGAUGUUGUCCUGGGUACAGAGGAGAAGACUGCAAAGAAGGCCCAGCAGAAAAGCCAAAUCCUGCUCGUCGUCCUACGACACCAGCAAAAGCUGUUAAGAAGAAAGGCUUGGAUACUGAACCAACAGAAGCGCCAGAACCUCCACCAUAUGAGAAGAGAAUGCAGUUUCUUGAGGACGAAUUGUUUCGACUUACACGAUCAGUACUUGAACUUCAGUCCUCUGUGGCAGGUGUGAACGAAAACCUAAAGCUGACUGUUCAAGAAGAUGCUAGUAAGAUGUUGGUCACUUGGCUGAACAACCUUUAUGAUCGCCCAGAGCCUGAUAGUGCGGUUGGUGGCGAAACAGACACUAUUCAUUUGCCUGGACUCCACAGCAAUAAAGAUCAAAAAGACCCUUUUAUAGAUUUUGAAAUGGAAGAUAUAAAGUCUGAGCUAGCUGAGGUCAAAGAAGCCUUGAAGCUGAGGAAUGACAAGCUGGAGGAACUGAACGGGAAAGUAAAAGGCUAUGAAGGACAAUUAAAACAGCUGCAGGAGGCAGCACAGGGACCUACAAUAACAAUGCCCAGUGACAAUAUAUAUAAGGAGUAUAUAGACUCAAAAUUUGAGUCCCUCAGACAGGAAAUACUGGAAGGAUUUGAAAAAAAAAUGGCAGAUCUGAAGAACUCUUGUGAAUAUAAACUGCAGGAUAUCCAGCAGCAGUGUGAUGACAACGAAAAUAACUGUUCAGGAAUAAUUGAUGUUAUAAAAGGAAAAGAGAAUGACUUGAGGAAAGAAAUAAAUACUCUUCGAACUCAGAUUCCAUCAGACAAGUUCAGUUGUUGCAAGGAGGGUGAGAGAAAUGACUUUGACCAACAGAUAAAAGAUUUAGAUAAGAAGAUUGACAGAGUUGCAGAAGCGCAUAGGAUCUUGAACGUCAGAAUAGAUAAUGAAAUCAGUCGAUUAUCAACUCCAGAUCUAGAAGACAUGUUUGGUGAGAGGUGGGAGGAGAUAGAUGCGAGGAUGAAUGUUACAGAACGAAACGCUGAAGAACACUGCUUUUAUGUUGAGGAAACUCUCCGCGGUGCAAUAGCUGCUGAGGUAGAUGAACUGAGAGACUUGUUUGAUCAGAAGCUACGGGCACUAGAAGAUAGACUAGGUGGCACUAUUUUAGAGAUCGCGAAUACCACAGACCCAGAUGGAAUGUUUAUUAAUCCUGGGCCCAUCUUGCCCAGUGAUGCAGGGUUUGCAAAUGAGCAAUUCACGGCAGAGAUGAAUUUCCUGAAGAACAAGCUACUGUCGCUUGAACACCUCUGUGGGCAGAAAUGUCAGUCUGCACCACGAGGUACGGAGGACCUUCAGAAAGAGCUAGAAAAUUGUAACAACAAAUACAAUCACUUGCUUUUGAAAACAGAGAACAACUCUGUUCUCCUGCAGUCCCUAAAUAGCUCUCUUAAUGAGAAAGUCAACUUAAUUAAGGGUAACCAACGUGACAUCCAGAAAAUGCAGAGAGACAUACGUGUAUUCCGGUAUAGUCUCAAUAUCAUGGAUAAAGAUGUGAAGAAUCUUCAAGAUGGUCUGAAUAACUGCAAAGAGCAGCUUCUGGGUGUCAAUUCUACCUGUAGAAAAACACAACGAGGGGUAUUCCGAAAAAUUGAUCAAAUGCAGAGGACAUUUGCGAAUCAAACUGCUCAUCCCAAUGAUAAUUGCUGUGGUGACAUUAAAGAGAGACUAGAACAAUUGAAUGACCAUAUCCUGAAUGAUCUUAGCAAGUGCAAAGAAAAGACUCAGGGUAUCCAGGAGGGUGUCUCAGAUGUUGAGAGCAGAGUCUCACAUGUUGAAAAAGUUUGUGGCAAGCUGGACUCACUCUCGGGUAGCUUGCAGAAUAUAAAAGAUGGUCUGAAUAAACACGUGAGCAGCUUAUGGAACUGCAUCCGUGAAAUGAAUGGAACUAUAGUGUCUCAUUCCACUGAUAUUUCUGGCCUCAAAAAUUCUGUUCAACAGUUUUAUAGUCAGGUCUCCAAAAUCACCACAGACAUUGAAGACAUGCUGAAAUCUCAGUCUGACACAAGGCAAUCAGAAGUACCACGGCGACCAUUGCCACCAAGACCACCUCUGCAGCCCCAACCUGGUAUAUCCCUGCUACCAUCAAGGCCGAGAGUACAACCUCCACGACAGAGACCUCCGCUCCAGCCACCGCAGCUGAGACCUCUUCCACGCCCAGCACUGCCAGGGUCAGGAGUUGUGCCAUUGCUGCCUGGAACAACUGGAAUAAUCCUGGAGACUGGAGAGGCAGGGCCUCCUGGCACUGUUUUAAUGUCAGGAACAGGGCGGCUUAGAAGCGUGGAUGGUCAAGCUGGUCAAAGUACCAUGCCCAUUGCUGAAGGGUAUGCUGGAGCACCAGGAUAUCCAAAGUUAUCUCCUCCUACCACAGACUCGCAAGGACCUGCUGCUCCUGCGACCUCGCUGGUAUCAUUUUCUGCUGGACUUACGCGGAAGCCUUUCUCUAGUGAUGUUGGCGUGGUUCACUUUAACAAAGUGCUUGUGAAUGAUGGGGACUAUUAUAACCCCAGUACAGGUAUUUUCACAUCACCAUAUGAAGGGCGCUACCUGAUCACUGCCGUGCUGGCCCCAGAGAGGGAUGAGUACGUAGAAGCAGUGCUGUCUGUCUCCAAUGCAAGCGUGGCUCAGCUCCACACAGCUGGGUACAGAAGGGAACUGCUGGAGUACCACAAACCCUACUCUGGGAAACAGACCUGUGGUGGUCCUGGGACAUUCCACCUUGUUCUUCACCUCAAAGCUGGAGAUGAAGUAAAUGUCGUCGUAACAGGAGGCAAGCUGGCCUACACAGACUCUGACGAAAUGUACUCUACAUUUAGUGGAGUUCUCCUUUAUCCUUCUAUUUCUCAUGUUUAGGUUUACCUUGAAGAGGAACGAAGGGUAAGAUAUUCAGAAGAAAUUAAGUGUAAUAAAAUUCAAAGCUUUAAUAUAUUCAGUUUAUAUAUUUGAUUUCAGCGAUGGGUUUAUAGGCUAUACUGAGACCUUUUCCUUGUCCCCUGUUUCCAGAGGUAGCUACAAAAGAUGUGUUUCUGUAGCUAAAGCAUCUCCUUCCCAAGGAGCAGCUCAAAUACGUUCUCAAUAGAUACUUCUCCACUGCACUCUUGCUAUUCCUUAUUAAAUUGCCCUUGCAGUCUUCUCCCUAGUUUAACAAAUUCUCUCUAGUGUAUCAAAUGUUUACAUCUUUGCUGAAGUUUACAGUUGUGGUCCGCUAUGUUCAUGUUUUCAGUAAAGCAGGGGCAAGAAAGUGAAGUUGUAUUGGACAUGGUUGAUGACUUCGUAGUCCUUGUGUUAUUUAAUAAUAAGUUGGGUCAAGAACAUUCACAUAAACAAUUUGUUCAAUGCAGUUGCUAACCAUGGUGGUGCAAAGCAAAAUAAUACUCAUCUGCAUCAGUUUCCUUUUUUUCCUUUAAGGGCCAAACUGUGCUAAGAGACGAGUGACUCAUUCCAGUCAAGUGGAAGCAGCUGUGCAGGGAGAAACAGACCUUGCCUCAGCUUUUCACUGGGCAGAUACAAGUGUAAGGUGCAGUUGCUAUGACUGAAAGAUUUAGAACAGUUAUUGUCAAUUGAUACAGGAAAAAAAGAUGAUCAGUUAAGUGUGAUGCUCGUGAUAUUAAAGCUUGCCUCUUGAAUAAGCAGGUCAGAAAAGUCUGAAUAAUCUGUGCUUAGCUAGAAAAAAAAUGGUAAUUUUGGAAAGUUUAAAAACUUUGAAAAAGUUUGCUUCUGGCACUCCUGCAGAAUUUGCAUUAGAAAGGAAGAUUUCUUCUUUGUUGCACUGUAGAAGGCAAAUCAGAGAAAAAACUUUUGGUAAGAGGAGAAUAGAUUAUUAGCCAAUACUGUCAAAUCCACAAACCAACGAGCUGCACUAAGUCUUUAUUUUAGCAGCCUCCUGCGUCUGUGCUUUUGAGUGAGGUUUGUUUUACCUCAGCAUCUGUUUAUAUGGACGAAGCAACUUUAUUAGCUUAAACAGAUAAAUGCAUUUGAGGCAAUUGGUUUAUUUCUCAUAUGAGCCACUUUUUAGUGAAGGUAACAAAAAUGACAUUUCGGCUCUGUAGAGUUAGCAUUUUGAUCUCUCUUGUGGCUAAAAAAAAAAAAUCCAGCUGUGCUCCAAUGAGAUCAGCACUGUUCAGCUGUCACCUUAUAUAAAUCGAUCUUUUUAAUACUCUGUUCAUGAUGUGUAGAUUUGUAUUUAGCUUACUAGUUUGUGCAGUAUAUUCUCCUUCUUAAAAAUCCAGAACAGCUGUUUAUAGCCUCAGAACAAACAAUUCCUUUAGGUGAAGAAAGAACUCCCCGUGCUGCAAGGAGCACACCAUGUGUAGCUGAAGCCCUUCCCAUCUGAGGAGGUCAGAUGAAGACUUAUGCCUUUGUUGCUUAGUUUUGGAAUAGAUACUCCCUAAUAACUCCGUUUCCAGGCGAUGAGAUGGGACCUUCCCACAACAAACUAUCACAUCCUGGAAGUUGAGCUGCUUUUGAGAGAAGCAGGCGGAAAAAGCUCACUCUCCACAGAGAAAUUCUUAAUCAGUCCCUGUGCAGCCAGGAUUGCACUGGGGGAGUUGUGAGCACAGGAAGGAAAUUAUGAGUGGAUUUGUAAAGCACCUGGUUUAGACAGAUAUCUUGGGGCCUGAUUUUCAGAAAUGACGAUGUUACUGAUAAGCAGAAGCCAGGAUUGGAUAUAUUUUGUAGCAGAAAGGCUCUUUCUGUAAGCGGCUGUUAGUAGGUAGUCAAAGAUGUAGAAUCAGUUUGCACUUUGCAGCAUGAUAAGGGAGCCAUCCAUCUCAUUUCUCUGCACAUCUGUCUUGACCUGUGCUACAGCACAAGGCAUUAGCAUGCAGUUAGCAACCGUGCCUUUGUUCAAGGGAGCAGCUUAUUUUCAUUUGUCCUAAAUCAAUAGCCCCUUUCUCUCCCAUGCCUUUCUAGGUCUGAGAACUGAAGGGACAUACAGGAAAGAUUAUUUUUCCAUGUUUUCAAAAAGCCAAUUGCAUCAACCACUUUUUUAUUUUUUUAAAAAAACAUAAUUUCUUAUUAUGUACGAAAGCUGGAGAAGCACUGACUGUUCCUUUCAGAAUAUUUUUCACUCUUCUCAAGAAAGCUGUGUUCUCCAAGAAGUUGGCUCCGGACUAUGUAUGACUCAAGUAUUGCUAGAUUAUUGUUGCCUGUUCUAAAAAUGACUCAUGGAAACAAACAAAUGAGCUGAGUGCUUAGGGAGACCUAGCUGGCAAACACAACCUUUCUCUCUUUUUCCCCUCCCACCCCCCCUCUAAGUGAGACAUUUUCAGGAAUCGGUGAUGCAAGUUUAGUGCUGCAGUUGCAGAAGUUAUAUCAUCCAAUCCUUAACUAGCAUCUCUGGUACAUUACUCAGUCCAACCCACAAAUCUUCACAAGCCCUAUUGUGCUAAUGGGACAGUACUAUCUUCUACCAGAAAGUUUCUCCUUGUACCCAGAAUCUGCUGCUGAGACUGUUUGAGCCCUCUUAAUGCAGCAUAACCGGUAUUUGUAUACAGGUAUAAGGCACUCUGUGAAGUAUGUCACAGCAGGACUCAAUCCGAGUGGUGUAUUUUGAGGACACGUUCUAGAACGUUUACGGAUACUCAUCCAGCAUCUCUAGCAACACAGUGGCUAAAGUUAUGACCUUUGACAAGGAACCUCUGUCUUAGAUUCCUGCCUUCUUUGAGAGAGAUUUGACCCUUAAUUUCCACUUCAUUGGUAAUUGCUGUAAUCAGGGUAGGCGGCUCAGUUCCUCCAGUUGGGGUUGUUUUCCUGGAGCUUACAAGGCUUCAGGAUUAUUCACCCAGCUGUGAAGACCACAGUGCUGUAGUCCCUGAAUAGCAAAGGGCGGGGGGAACCUGAGUUCCAGUCUCUGAUCCCGUGAGUGCUCAGGUAAAACAUUCAUUAAAGGAGCAGCUGGAAGAGACCCAAAGCACAGAUGCAUUUAUGGGCCUGCUGAGGGUUUGCUCCAUCCAGAACUGCCUGGUUUCAAAGCAAAGAGCCCCUGCUCCAGAAUAGCC